CAGUGAAAUCGGAGUUUCUAAACUUUGUAUGACAGCAAAGACGACAACGCUGGGGUAGGGGCUGGGGUUGAUGCUUAGUAAGAAACACAACGCUUGCAUCACCCCUAGAAAUAGAAUAAAACCCAAAAUCAAGGAACCAAAAGGACUGGACCGAGGGUGCUGUUGUUCGUUUUGUGGCGAGAGCAGUGUAAAAGGUCUGUAAAUAUUGCUGAAAAAAAAUCAUACAAAAAUGCCUCCCCUGGUUCCUAUGGACUUCCUUUCGAGGAUGAGAAAGAAGAAGCGCCGAUUUGAUUACAAUUUUCACAAGUUUGUUCAAAAGGUUACAACGAGUAGUCUAUUUAAUGGCUCAAUCAUGUUUGUCAUUGUUGGAAAUGCUCUCUGUAUCGGCCUGGAAACCGUUGAUGACUACAAAGAUGUCUACGAGAACACAUUCAAGACCCUAGACGAGUUCUUCCUCUCGGUUUAUACCAUGGAGUUCUUUAUGAAGCUGUACGCAGAGCCUCGUGCAUACUGGAAAAGCAGUUAUAACAUAUUUGAUUUCUCGAUCCUCGGGAUGUCAUACAUACAAGUGAUUAUAAAGGAAUUAAAUGUGGGUGAUGAUGUAUUAACACCUUUGAGACUUCUUCGAGCUGCCCGUGUGUUGCGCACCAUCUCCUUCAUUGAGGGCCUUCAGGUGCUUGUGAUUGCGCUGAUUGACACCAUCAGACACUCUGUGGUCAAUGUCGUCAUACUACUCACCAUGCUAAUGGGGUUCUUUGCGGUUGUUGGGUAUUACAUCUUUGGUUACGAAGCUGACACGGGAGAUAAGAAAAACUGGGGAAACCUCAGCACUGCAAUGCUCACUCUAUUCACUUUUGUAACGGUUGAUGGAUGGACAGAGAUACAAAAGGAUCUGGACAUGCGGCCGUACAGUCAGUGGUUUACCAUCACUUUUAUAUUCCUGGGACACUUCAUCUUUACCAACCUCUUUAUCGGGAUCAUCAUCAUGAAUAUCCACGAGGCUACAGAGAAGUUUAUUCAGCAACAGAGACAAGAGAAAGAGCACAUUCUGCAGAUGAAAAAGGACUUCCUCUUCAAAAGACAACGCGAAGACGUAAAAAAAAUGCUGGAGAAACAGAGAAGCAGUCAGUACGCGAACUUCGAGGAGAUGACGCGAAGUUUCCAGCAGACGUUACGUCACGAUGACUACGUCAUCAUGGCGGAUCCGUGCACAAACCCCACGUGGAUAGAGACAUUCCUGGCCACUACUGACCAUCUAGACCUGUACACCUUUAGAAGCCAGCAGCUGCAUUUCCAGAUUGCCAACGUGUUAGCAGACAUGGCGGACAAGAAGUGGAGCUCAAUGUAUGGGAUUCUGCAGUUAGGGAGGCUACAGUCUCGAAGGGCAGGGAGAAAGGGUGCGGUCACACCCUUCGGUAUCGGAUCUGCCGACAAGAGCUCUGAUACUACUCCGGGACAAGCAUUAGUAGAUUGAUGAGCAUGAAAAAAAGUCUUCGUGCAGAGCGUGGUUGGACGGUUUCUUCCCCUUCUUCUGGCAAGGUCCUUUCACCAGGCAAUUAUAGGAUCUAAUGUUUGGCCAUGUCUGAUGGUUAUUACAGUGUGCGGGAUCUCGUUCGAAAGGUUUUGAGGUUGACUGAAAGGAAAUUUAUAAAUUUUGUGACUUUUGUAAAUUUUAAUAAAACGCUUUGCUAUGCUA